AUGAAAUGGCGCAAAAGUAUAUUAUCAUUGUCAAGUCGAGUUCCUCUAUAUCUCAGUAUUUCAGAGAUAUUCCAAUAUUUAGUAUUUAUGCCAAACUUCUUUUAUUCGUUGAUUUAUCAUGAGUUAAUUCCAGAAACUCCUUGUAAAAUAUUCGCUUACUUUUUCUUUCUUCAAAUCAAUAUAAAUAUGAUUUUUAUGGCUGGUAUUGCCAUUGUCACUUAUUUGAGCAUUGUUAAGGCCCAAACGUACCAAUUUGGAACUUAUGACUGGAAAUUCAUUACCUGUAUAUUGUCAACAUCGUUAUUACUCUCGACUCUAUCGAUCCCAUCGCUAGGACCAACAAAAUUUUGGUGCCUAGCUUCGUCAUCUACAAAUUAUUUGUCGUUAAUAAGUGAAAUGGUUAUAUUUGGAGUAACGUUUAUUAUAAUAUGUUACUGUUAUUAUAAUACUUUAUCAAAGAUCUUUAAUGUAGAUAGAGAAAAUACGGCUUCAACUGGUAGAAUCAAUAGACGAAACAAAUUGGAAAGGCAGGCUACGUUAAAAAUUUUGAUCUAUAUUUCAAUAUUUUUAAAAUGGUUACCUUUGACGUUUUUUAGUAUAUGCAUUAUGACCGGUUCUGAAGAAGCUUUAUGGAUGCAUAUCUCUGCUUUAGUUGCAUUUCAUUUGGGAGGCUUAUUUAGUUGCAUCUUAUACCUCAUGAACGAAGGGUUUCCUUAUUCAAAUAGGAAUUCAGCUACGUAUGAGAUGGAAGAGCAGGAUCAUGAUCUUCAGAACCAUCCUAAUGUAAUAGUUCCGGAUUCGAGUUCAUGA